AUGCGCAUCCCUGUUUGCCUCGCUCUCCGCCUGCUGCAGUACCGCGCCCGCCAGAAGCGCCUGGUGGCCAACAGCUCCAAGAGCAAGCACGACCGCAGCCGCGUGCUGCGGGAGGUGGAGGAGGCGCUCAAGAGGUGCAAGGAGCUGUUCCCCGAGGACGGCCGCUCGUACGUCAGCCUGGGCAAGCUGUACGUGCAGCAGAGGCGGUACGACGAGGCGCUGGCGCUGUACGAGGAGGGCUGCACCGCCACGGGCGGUACCAACGCUCACCUGUGGGCCGCCUGGGCCUACCUGGCAGCCAAGCUGAACAAUGUGGGGCUGGCGCGCAAGCUGUAUGACGCCGCCAUUGUGGCCAACCCGCAGCACGCCGCCGCCUGGCACGGCUGGGGCCUGCUGGAGAAGGAUCAGGGCAACUACCUGAGGGCGCGCGACCUGUGGCUCAAGGGCAUCCAGUCGCUGCGGGCCAACCCCAACCCAUACCUGUAUCAGAGCCUGGCGGUCCUGGCCGCUGAGAUGGACUGUGUGGAGGAGGCGCGCAAGUGGUUCCGGGAGGGCACCCGCACCGUCAAGGGGCGUGCCAGCCACGCGCUGUGGCAGGCGUGGGCGCUGAUGGAGCAGAAGCAGGGGGACAGGGACCUGGUGCGCGCGCUGCUCAAGCGCGGGCUGGAAGUCAGCCCUCGGUCGCGCUACACCCACCUGUCGUGGGCGCUGUGGGAGAAGGAGGAGGGCAACGUGGAGGAGGCUCGGCGGCUGUUCAAGCGCGGGUCGGAGCUCAACCCGAGGGACGCCGCCAUCCUGCAGGCCUGGGCGCGGAUGGAGGAGGAGCAGGGGGAGGCGGAGGAGGCGCGGCGGCUGUUCAAGCGCGCCAGCCGCGUGGACCCAAAGCACCUGUACGUGUGGCAGGCCUGGGGGUGCCUGGAGUACCGCCAGCACAACUACGACACAGCGCGCGAGCUGUUCCAGCAGGGCAUCUGGGCGGCGCCGCCGCGCGACCCCUCCGUCUCCCUCGUCUUCCAGGCCUGGGCCAUGCUGGAGCGGGACGCGGGCAACACGCAGCUGGCGCGCGAGCUGCUCAAGUGCGCCGUCAAGGCCGACCCGCGCAGCGAGCCGUCGUGGCUGGUGUGGGCUGAGAUGGAGGAGGACCUCGGGUUCCUGGAGCGCGCGGCCGAGCUGCGCUCCUUCAACAUGCACGAGCGGGUGCAGGUGGUCAAGCCCACCAACUUUGCCACGACCGGCGCUGGCGGCAAGGUGGGCGGCCUGCUGGCCCCCGUGUUCCAGCAGAUUGCGCGCUGGUUCCAGCGGUACGAGGAGGAGCGCGAGCGGCAGGAGCCGGAGCUGCCCGAGCUGCUGGCGGUGGAGGUGGCGGCGGACCGCGCCCGCGCGGCGGCGCGGGCCGGCGACGGCCGCCAGCGCUGA